CUUCUACAGAGGCGAAACUUCGGUGUUUUUCCACGCCACCGCUCUCUGAGCCGCUCGGUAAGCGGUGGGGGUGAGCUUAAAAAUUUGUCACUACCAAACAUGGCGGUCGUUUCCUAGUAACGACCAAUCAUCAACCAAUAGAUAAAUUAUCGAUAAGUGCCUCCUAUUGGAAGAAAAGCAUAAUUGGAAAUAAAAGCGAGGCGAAAUAUUGGUUUGACAUAACUAGUUGAUAUAUAAUCUUGUUCAACAUGAAUUAUUUAACUGGAGAAACAGAUAGACUUAUCCAAAAUGAUAUGUUAUUAUGUACUGCUCCAAAUCCUUCUAGUCGCGAGCACCAAUGUGUGCGAUCAGGCACCAGCGUAUUAAGUACAAUUUUUUUGAUCAUCAAUGCUACCUUAGGAGCUGGUCUUUUAAAUUUUCCGCAAGCAUUCGACAGAGCUGGAGGAAUAGGCACGUCCAUUAUCGUACAACUCCUGUUGCUUGUCUUUAUUACAGCUGCGCUUGUAAUCCUAGCAAACUGUAGCGAUAUUACAAAUACUUCUACUAUGCAAGACAUGUUUGCAGAUUUCUGUGGGCAUAAGUCGCUUUUCUUAUGCGCUUUGUGCAUCAUAAUAUAUAGUUUUGGAUGCUGCUUGACAUUUAUUAUUAUCAUUGGCGAUCAAUUUGACAGAGUUUUUGUAACAUAUUAUGGAUUCGAUUACUGUCACACAUGGUAUUUAUCAAGACCAUUUGUCACAGCUGUGAGUUGUAGUGUAUUCAUAUUACCCUUAUGUUUCUUUAAGAAACUGGAUGUUUUAAGUUAUGCUAGUUCCCUUGGCUGUAUAACUGUUUUGUACGUAGCAUGGUUGAUUGUAUACAAAAAUUUUACAAAAAACGAAUCUCUUAUUGAUCCUAUGAAAAUAUGGCCUGAUAAUGACUAUGAAGCACUCCAAAUAAUUCCAAUAAUAUGUUUCGCAUACCAGAGUCACAUGACAGCAAUACCAAUGUAUGCUUGCAUGAAAGACCGAAGCCUUGGCAAGUUUACGGUGUGUGCUGUAGUAAGCAUGAUUGUUUGCUUCGCUGUAUACACAGUAGUAGGUAUCUGUGGAUAUGCAACGUUCGGUGCUGGAAAAGUGCCCAGCGACAUUCUUCAAGGAUAUACAGAGAAAAGUGUGAUUCUUACUUUAGCAAUAGUGUUCGUAGCUAUUAAGAAUUUUACUACGUAUCCAAUUGUUUUAUACUGCGGUCGUGAUGCUCUUUUGAGCUUUCUUGGAAUGGAUGUUAACGUAAAUGGUAGAUUUAGAGUUUUUAUUACAUUGAUUUGGUACAUAUUGUCUUUGACGAUUGCGAUAUUAGUACCAGAUAUUUCACCAGUUAUUAAUUUAUUAGGAGUACUAUCUGCAGCUUUCAUUUUUAUCAUCCCAGGUAUUUGCCUAUUUCAAAAUAUUCUUCGAAAAGAUUCAGAACUGUAUCUAAACAAAGAUAGGCUUCAAAUGGUAUUCGCAAUUUUUAUCACCGCGCUUGGCGCGUUUGUUUCUGGCAUAAUUUUUGUCCAAGCUAUAAGAGAUUUUAAUAAGGCAUCGCAACUGCCACUUAUAACUGGUUUUAGACAACUAAGGCAAAGUUUAUGUACUUAGCGAAUUUAGCUUGAUUUAAUUAUCGAAAAAGAAUUCGAGAUUAAUUUUUAAUCAUAUAAUAAACACGUGCUCUGUAAUUUGCUCAAUAAUUGUAAUGUUAGCAUAAAGAAAAUCAGAAGACUGAUGUACAUAACAUUUAUUAUUAUAUCUGUUAUUGCUAAAAAUUUUUACAAACCGAGAUGCGAUCGUUUAUUUUUGUAUUACACUUUUAUAUCUUGAAACAGCGAGUGAUGUUAAAUAAAUAAAAUCCUCUCCAAACUC